AUGACCCGCAUUGUGCUCAGACAGGCUAUGGAGCAAGCGACGACUUCUGACGUCAAAACACUCGAAAGCCUGAACCACGAUGUGCUGCUCAUGAUAUUUGAGCGGUUGCCCUACGCUGAACGCGUGAAGUUGGCUACAUUGUCUCGACGGCUUCGAGCCGUUCUUCUUCCCGUCAUAUAUCGGAGGUUGGGGUGGGCUCCAGGUCUCGUUGACUUUCCACCGCAAAGAAUUCUGCCAUUUACCCAAGUGUUCACACUGGCUGGACAUAAUAUCCGUCGUUUCACCCCAGCCCAACAUGCAACCAUCGCAUCUCAAUUCCGAGAGGCAUUCCCUAUCAUGAAAUCUCUGCAUACCUUCAUCCUGGGCGGAAAUGUCGCAGAUGGGUUGUGGUCGGAGUUACUCGAUGCCUUUGCCGCGUUGUCCAACCCAAUCGACCUUGUAGUUCACGCUCACUGGCAGCCGGACGACGAAGAGGCGGAACCAAUAAAAUUGGAACCAAGAACAACAACAACGCUGCCUCUACGCCGCUUUUCCUUCACUGUCCCCUUCAUUUUCGAUGUGUUGGACAACGAAAUAGCCCGUAGGCUGCCUGAUAUACUUGAAUCCGAGACGGAGAACGUCCGCACGAUUCUGGCCGCGUCCUUAUCAACGAUGGCCAAAGUCGAGAUUCCUGGAGAGCUCAUAUCGGCUCUGGAUGGCCCAGUUUGGACAUCGUUGACAGAAUUAUAUCUUAACGGUCUUUGGCCGUUCUCCGAUGCUGUAGAAGGAAAUUCCCCAGUUGCUGGGCCCUCUCUAGAGCACACUUCGUCAACACAAUCGGGUGUUGUGGCUUUGACAAGUUCCGUCGAGUCUCCCGACACCGCGAAGGAUCCUUCCGUACCAACAGAGGGCCCUCCGCCUUCACCUGCGAUAUCAAAGGCGGAGAAUGAACCAAAUCCAGUUCAGGUACUUGGAGUCUCUUCGACGCCUGACACCGCCACGAGCACGUCGUCCGAAGCCCUCCCAUCGUCAACAGUCGUAGAAUCCCCCUUAAUUCCAUCACCCGCAACAACCAAUCCGCCAGAAAACGCCCACCAGUCACCUUCUCCUUCAUCGGCCAAGACUUCUCCGCUUUUGUCGAUACUAGAGAGGCUGCCCAACCUUCGCAUUCUGAAUAUGAUGCUUGUGUUCCACCAGGAUGAUGGCCCAGAUUCCCGACCGCCAAUCUGCAUAGCUGACAGGUUGCCCUCACCUCCAUUUCUUCAGCAUCUUACCAAAUUUCAAGCGACCUGUCUCCCGAAUGACGACCGAAUCAUUGACUUUCUUCCCCCGAACUUAGAAACACUUUCUUUGCGGAGAUACCCGUUCUGGUUGGAGGAUGGGAUGCUGCGGAUAUUGGCUACGCCGCUGACGAUUUUCAAUCUACUGAAACGGGCUGAAUUCUCGGCUUUAACGACGCUAAAAUUCUGGUACCUAAUCAGCACAAAAGAGGAGUUAGAGCACGAGGAAACGCUAUUGGACCUUCUCCCCAAACUAUUUCCCCUUGUCCAGGACCUAGAGUUCAGCCGAAGGUGGGACCAUGGUGCACCUCUGCUAGAAGGGUGUCAGUGGAACCCGAUGCCUAUCGUCUGCGACUUCUUUCCUCGCUUCAAGCAUCUUGAGUCGAUUUUAUUCGAUCCCGACCUACCGGAACGCGAUGGCUGGCCGCCAGAGUCGUACCCGUCAAGUGAUUUCCGUGAAAUGGUCGGUCGACUCCAUGGCAUGGCGGGGGAGAUUGUCAAUGCCGCACCCUGGGUCAAGAGCAUUGGGAUGUAUCGGGAAUUUGGUAGUAACGAGGACCUAUACUGGGAAAUAUGGGGUGUUGUUCCUGCUCCAGACGGCAGAGUCGCUCUGGAUCGGCCGCCACCACCAAUUGUCAAUUCGAUAUUUUAUCCAUAG